UACAUCGGCCUAAAGCUAUAUUACUUUGGAUCAGGAUGAUUUCGAACGGUCGAGCAGUUUGAUCGAAAUUUCAAGUCCGGCAACAUUAUAUACCUUGUGAAAUAUGAUUAAUUGAAAUCAGUGAAAGAAUUUGAAUACAAGUUCAUUUCAACCGAAUUACAGUUUCUUCCAUUGUAAUUAAUUCUCUUUUCGUUACACGCUUUACAUAUUGUGAAAAAAAAAAAAAAAAAACAAUCAAUAAAUAAAUAAUUAUGGAAAUCACGAAGACGAUUUUUAUAUUGAUGGGCAUCGUCGUUGGUUCGACCGUCGCGGAGGCUCCGGUCGUUAAACAUCAAGUUGGAAUAAGACCUUCCAACGUCUUAGGAGGAUCGGGACAGCACGCAUCAUUUAGUUUCGUAAGACCUGGUCUUACUCAGACUUCUUAUGCUUUCAAUGGUCCGAGUUCGCAUCAAGCUUUCAGCUCUAGUAUUGGAAAUCCACAUCUGGCGCAAAAAGUACUACCGAGCGUCGCUCACGCGUUGGCUUACAGAAAUCCCGGGCUCGACUACUUUCCAUCCGGUCAAAUAACCACCGCCUACGCUCCCUCUGCACCGAUACAAGGUAAUUCGCAGGUACCGAGCUUUCAAGAAGCUCCUGUAACGCAAGAUCAAGGUCAGUUCCAGCGGGCAACCGCUCUUGCCUAUCUUCAGCAACAAUACCAGCAACAGUAUCUUCAACAACAGCAGUACAAUCAGCUGCAGAAUUCCGAUAAUCAGGCGACGGCGGAAGAAGCAGCUAAUUAUCAGGCGCAGCUUGCAGCGCAAUAUUACGCAUUGAGGCAAUCCCAAGCUCAAACUCCGCAAUUCCAACAGGUUCCCGAGCAACUGCAAUUACAACAACAACAACAACAACAACAACUGCAACAACUGCAACAGCAACAGCAACAAGAACAAACUAAAGAUUUACUCGGCGUAGCUUACUCUUCUGCACCAUCGGUAGCGCAUGUGAAAGUCACCGGAAAUGGAUACAAUUUCGACUUUUAGAUCAUGAAUACAACGUUUAACAUACGUUCAUUGAACAAUAUAUCUAGAUUAUAGAUAUUGUUAUUGCAGAAAAAAAAUGAAAAAACUUUACGAUACGAACCAAAGAUAUUAUAUCCCUUUUAUUUAUUGACGUACAAAAAAUGUAAAAUAAACGAUCAUGACGAUGAUGAUGAAAAAACGGA